AUGGAAAAUGGAUAUGCUAGGCCAGUAGAAGGAAUAUAUGUGCUUGUGGAUUUGCAGAAAAUGGAGAUUAUUGAGUUUGAUGACCGCAAACUUGUUCCCUUACCGCCGGCGGUUGAUCCAUUGAGGAAUUACACCGCCGGUGAAACACGAGGAGGGAUUGAUCGCAGUGACGUUAAACCCCUGUAUAUUAUUCAACCGGAGGGUCCUAGUUUUAUCAUUAAUGGCAACUAUGUAGAGUGGCAAAAGUGGAACUUUAGAAUUGGUUUUACGCCAAAAGAAGGUUUAGUCAUACAUUGUGUUGCAUAUGUUGAUGCUAGCCAAGGCCGAAGACUCAUAGCCCACAGGUUAAGCUUUGUGGAACUGGUUGUUCCUUAUGGAGAUCCAAAUGAUCCCCAUUAUAGGAAGAAUGCAUUUGAUGCCGGAGAAGAUGGGCUUGGGAAAUAUGCCAAUUCACUCAAAAGGGGAUGUGAUUGUUUGGGAUAUAUUAAGUACUUCGAUGCACAUUUUACAAAUUUCACUGGCGGAGUUGAAACAAUUGAGAAUUGUGUGUGUUUGCACGAAGAGGAUGAUGGAAUACUUUGGAAACAUCAAGACUGGAGAACAGGCUCAUCUGAAGUUCGUCGAUCAAGGCGACUCACAGCUUCUUUUAUCUGCACUUUGGGUAACUAUGAAUAUGCAUUCUACUGGCAUUUCUACCAGGAGGGCAAAAUUGAGGCAGAAGUUAAACUUACUGGAAUUCUAAGUUUGGGAACUUUGCAGCCUGGGGAAUUAAGAAAAUAUGGCACCAUGAUUGUUCCGGGGUUAUAUGCUCCGGUUCAUCAACACUUCAUUGUUGCUCGUUUGAAUAUGGCUGUGGAUUCGAAGCCCGGUGAAGCACACAAUCAGGUGGUUGAAAUAAAUGUGAGGGCUGAAGAACCUGGGAAUAAAAAUGUUCACAACAAUGCAUUCUAUCCUGAAGAAACUUUGCUUAGGUCUGAAUUGCAGGCAAAGCGCGACUGUGAUCCCUCCUCAGCUCGCCAUUGGAUUGUGAGGAACACAAGAACAUUGAACAGAACUGGAUAGCCAACAGGAUACAAGUUGGUGCCUGGUCGAAACUGUUUGCCAAUGGCUAGUCCAGAAGCUAUGUUUUUGAGAAGAGCUGCUUUCUUGAAACACAAUCUAUGGGUAACUCAAUAUGCACCAGGAGAAAAUUUUCCAGGGGGAGAGUUUCCAAAUCAAAAUCCUCGAGUUGGUGAUGGAUUGGCUUCCUGGGUUAAAAAGGACAGCAACCUAGAAGAAACAUACAUCGUUCUGUGGUAUGUUUUUGGGAUCACACAUGUUCCUCGCCUAGAAGAUUGGCCUGUCAUGCCAGUUGAACACAUUGGUUUUAUGCUCCAGGUAUUUUCGUAGCAACAUAAUUAAAUUAUUCAUCAUUCUCUAGCUACUAGAAAAAACAAAAAGUGUUGUUUUGUUAGGAUCAACUGCUUACCACUAUACUAAAAGUAAUACCUCGUAGUGAAUAUGUAACUUUAUUUACUUAUAUGGUCGCAUUUUUGAGAGGAUACGCUCGUCCAAAAAUAACAUUAAGAUUUUUU